AUGAUACUUCCCUCGUUUAGGUCCUUCUGGCGUUGUUUGACCCACCGUCUUUUCCUUGUCCAACCAGAUUCCCCACAACAUUCUCCUUCUCCGUUCAACGAGCUCCCAGACGACACCAUUCGCCGGAUAUUCAGCAACCUAUGCACCGGCGACCGGGUCCGCCUGAGGCUCGUCUGCAAGUCGUGGAGGGACACUCUCACCCGGUCUGAGUUCCCCACCCUUCCCGAGCCCCCCUGGCUCAUCCUGCCCGAGUCCGAGCCCAUCUCCACCUACUUCACCCUCAGCUGCCCGUACGAGGACAGGACGUACGACCCUGAUCUUCCCUACUCCCUCCUCUCCGGCGGACGCCGGUGGUCCUGCCGCGGCUCCGGCGCCGGGUGGCUCCUCCUUGCCUGCUGGGACCCACCCGAGAUGGUCCUGUGGGACCCGCUUUCCGGGGCCACCCUGUCCCUCCCUUCCCCCUCCACCCUCCCCUUCUUCGACCAGCUGGACCACGACGUGUCCGUGAUCCGCCUCGCCCAGGUGGCGCCCGUGGGUCCUGUGGUUGCCGUGGUUUUCUCACUGACCGGCCUUCGUGACAGGCUGGCGCUGUGCUCGCCGGACGACCACUGGACCUUGCUCCCGGGCCCUACCGAGGAGCACUACGCAGACAUACUCUUUCAAAACGGGAAGCUUCGGGCCGUGUGCCGGCCGCCGCACGCUUCCGGAACUGGCCCGUCAGUGGCGAAAAGAACCGAUUUUGUGGCGCGACUGAGCAGCGGCUGUCANGUGGAGGUUGUGACGUGGGAGCUCAAGUACGAGGCUGUCCACCGGGCCGUUGAUUAUGAUGAAUAUGAAACGACGGGGUUUAAGGUAUAUGAGAGUGUCCAUGUGGCUGAGCACUUGGUGGGGGGCCGUGAUGACGAAGAUGAUUUGCUGCUCGUUAGCGCGACUCUCGACAUGUUGUCGCACAACUUUGGUCCGGGGGGCGGGGGACUGUUCGGGCAACACGCGUACAUGUGGCCACANNGAGGAUUUGAGGUUCGUCGGCUGAGGUUGAAGGACAAUAGUUUGGAAAAGGUGGAUCGUACGGGAGAUGUUUGUAUAUUCUUGGGAGCUACGGGCUCGAUUUCAAUGGAAAAGAUUGAAGUGUCUAACGACAGUCGCAUUCGAGUGCCUAACUACAUUCACUAUGCGACAACAGAUGGUAAGGGGAAAACUUGGGCUGGAGUUGUUGAAGAAGAAGAAGAAGAAGAAGAAAAUGGUGAAUUUGAUCUGGAUAAAUUAUUCGUCGUCCACGAACAAGGCAACUUCAACAUGGAAGAUGGCACAAUGGAAAGAACUUAUUUUGACAUUUCAAGCUUACAAGCACAAGGGUCAUGUAUCGGUUGGUUCACGCCUGUAUUACGAACCUAA